CUCCAAAAACCUAAAAUGACUGACGAGGUCAAGCCGGAGGAGGCUACGGCCGAUGCCGCGGCGGAAACUGUCAUCCUCAUCUCUGACGGUAUGUAUCUACCUCUAGGCGGCCUCAUUAAAUUCACCUGAUUCUCCUCUAUCUCCUCGUACCUCAUUCGUGUUCUAACUCACUAUAUGCGACUUAGACGAGCAUGACAAGUCCAAGUCUCGCACUCGCCCAAGUCGUGCCGCUUCUACCGGCCUCAGUAGCAUACUCAGCGACAGUGACAGUGACAUCGAUGUCAAACUCGAGGAGAUAUUGAACACCGUGAGUUCAAACUCCAAGUCUAGCAGCUCUAAGACUCCCACAAUAGCGAAAACCCCACCUCACCCCAGGUCCUCGUCCAAGACGCGUAGUCGCUCUAUCGCCGACUAUUUAUCCCCUGAGAAGACUCCAGAGCGAGCAACCAAGCGACGUGCAACAGCCAAAGCUGCGUCAGCUCCUAGCACGCCACCAGCGAACCGUUCGGGCGAACUGAAGCCAUUCACACCUUCGUCGACGAUCAAUUCGUCCAUGAACGCAUCACUGGUGUUCGACAUGGUCACAUCACUAAGUACGAACGAUCCUGGUGUCGCAAUCGCUACACUACGCAGUAUUGUGGUGCUCGGUAAAGAGUAUCCAUCUGAUUUACUGUAUGCAGAGCUCAUCGACCGCAUCCAGAGCCACGAAGCCAUUGCGUACAACGACGCAGUGGCUAUCUACGCAGCACUAGUGUUUGUGUUCGAUAAGGCUGCGUCAUGUAGCUGUGCACUGACGUUCCCGAACCAAUGGGAGCCACUAGCGACGGCGUUACAAGAAGUGAGUGGAAAUGGACGAGUGGGGGACGACGGAGAGCCCAAAAGGGACGAGAGUUGGCGUCGCAACUUACUGGUAGUGCAGUUUUUCAUCUAUUGCUUUCAGCAAGACAUGUAUGCGUGUCAUUCAAGAUAUGAGCGUCUAGAAGGGAAAGCCUGGGUGUUCCGAACUCGACUGUUUUCUCUGUUGCAGAGCGAUAGCAUCGCUUCAAGCUCGGCGAAGGCACGGGCAAAGUCGCGUGCCAAGACCACCAAGAUGCGUAAUAACAACCUCAUCUUCCAAGCGAUCGGCUGGGGACUGCAGUUGUGGAAGCGUGUGUACGAUGACGAAGACAAGAAGAAGAAAAAGAAAGACAACGACGACAAUGAAGACAUGAGCUUGUUCCUUCAGCAGGAAGGAGAACAGGCUUGCUUGGCUGUGGUUCGGCUCAUCGAGAUGCUGUACCUGUGCACAGAUCAGCAAGUUAACGCGCUUCAGCGAAUUCAAGCUGGUCUUGGAGAUCUCAAGCAGCCAACGCGAAUCAAAUUCUCUCAAUGUCUGCAGUCUCCUGCUUUACGUACGCAAUUGGCGUCUACCAUGAUCGGGUUGUCGAACAAGUCACGAAGUAAAGAAACGGAGUGGUAUGAGUGCAAUGCACUCGGUCGUGUUCAACUGGCGAUGAACCCAGACGCUAAUAGUGACGUCGCACACACCGAUGGCUACUCGUGGUCUCACUUUGACAGCUUUAUUAAUCAGAAGCCCCAAAGUAACCUGACGAAGCUACUCCAAGAAAUCUCGCGCAUGCAAAACGACUAGAUUGGAUGCUGUUUAUGCUAAUGAAUCUACCUGCGUUUUAAUCUUGCCCAGACUGCAUCACCACACAGCAUUACCGCCGUUGAAUGCACCCGACGACCCAAAGACAGUAUCAUCUGUGUAAACGGAUACAACUCCGCCGCUGGCAUUGUAAGAAUCAC